CCACCUCCUUCCCCCCCCCUCUUGAAGAACGAGCCCCUCACCUCUUCACAGGCCAGAUCAAAAUCCCGCCGCCAUGAUAGCAAUCGGCCUCGAAAGCUCCGCCAACAAACUCGGGGUGGGAAUAAUCCGCCACCCCGACGAUGGCAGCACUCCGCAGGUGCUCUCCAACGUGCGACACACAUAUGUGACGCCUCCGGGCGAGGGAUUCCUCCCGAAGGACACCGCGCGGCACCACCGCGCGUGGGUGGUCAAGCUGGUGAAGAAGGCGCUGCGCGAGGCGCGCGUGCUGCCCCGUGAUAUCGACUGCGUUUGCUUCACGAAGGGCCCCGGCAUGGGGGCACCGCUGCAGAGUGCCGCGAUUACGGCCCGCAUGUUGAGUCUGCUCUGGGGGAAGGAGUUGGUGGGUGUGAAUCAUUGUGUCGGACACAUCGAAAUGGGCCGACUAAUCACGGGCGCCACAAACCCGGUGGUUCUCUACGUGUCCGGCGGAAACACGCAAGUGAUCGCAUACAGCUCACAACGGUACCGGAUCUUUGGCGAGACGCUGGACAUCGCGGUAGGCAACUGCCUGGACCGGUUCGCGCGGACGCUCCACAUCUCGAACGACCCGGCGCCGGGCUACAACAUCGAACAGCUGGCCAAGAAGGGCAAGAGGCUCGUGGAUCUACCGUACACAGUGAAGGGGAUGGACAUUUCAAUGUCGGGGAUACUGGCCGCGAUUGAUGGGUUGGCGGUGCAGUAUGGGUUGGACGGGGAGGGGAAGGAUGAUGAAGAGGAUGAUGCAAGCAGCGAGAAACCGACGCGGGCGGAUCUGUGUUUCUCGCUGCAGGAGACCAUUUACUCCAUGCUGGUUGAGAUCACAGAGCGGGCGAUGGCACAUGUUGGAUCCAAGGAGGUGCUUAUCGUUGGCGGGGUGGGGUGUAAUGAGCGCCUGCAGGAGAUGAUGGGCAUCAUGGCCCGGGAUCGCGGGGGCACCGUCCACGCGACGGACGAGCGGUUCUGCAUCGACAACGGCAUCAUGAUCGCCCAGGCUGGUCUCUUGGCAUACAAGGCCGGGGUCCCCACGCCCCUGAAGGAAUCCACGUGCACCCAGCGGUUCCGCACGGAUGACGUGUUUGUCAAGUGGAGGGAUUGAGAUCUAGUCUUUUCUUUUCCAUGGAUGGUGAUGAUUUAGAUGAAUGAGAUGAACAUAAUCUAUAGAAUCAUAAGCAAAAUUCUU